AUGUACCUCCUCGAAAAAAAACUCUUCAAAAAAAUAAUUCCCAAUCGGACUAGCGUUUGUGUAACUCCAAUGAAAGUAGAAAUCACACUCGAGAAACUCCAACCGGACGUUGAAUGGCCCCAACUGCAACAACUCGAGGAAAGCGACAAGGACAAAAUGAACGGGCUAGAUAAAAAAAAGGAAAACCUUCUGAAUCCGUUCAGUGGAAAAAGCACCCACGAAUGGGACAAGCUAACAAAGUCCAUAAAGGAAGACGAAGAGGAGGGAAGCAUUGACACAUUCUUCAGGAAAAUAUAUAACGAAGGCGACGAUGAUACGAAGAGAGCCAUGAUCAAGUCAUUUCAAACCUCCCGAGGAACGGUCCUCUCUACAAAUUGGAAAGACGUCCAGCACAAAAACUACGAGCAGGACAAAACACUACAGGAUAAGAAGGAUACAGUUUGA